AAGAACGGCUUCGUGGUGCUCAAGGGCCGCCCCUGCAAGAUCGUGGAGAUGAGCACCUCCAAAACCGGCAAACACGGCCACGCCAAGGUGCACCUGGUGGGCAUCGACAUCUUCACGGGCAAGAAGUACGAGGACAUCUGUCCGUCCACCCACAACAUGGACGUGCCCAACAUCAAACACAAUGACUUCCAGCUCAUUGGGAUCCAGGACGGGUACCUGUGUGUGCUCCAGGACAGCGGGGAGGUGCGGGAGGACCUGCGGCUGCCAGAGGGGGAACUGGGCCGGGAGAUCGAGCAGAAAUACGACUGCGGGGAGGAGAUCCUGAUCACGGUGCUGUCGGCGAUGACCGAGGAAGCCGCUGUCGCGAUCAAAGCCAUGGCCAAAUAGGGCAGGUGGGCGGGGCAUGGCCAAAUAUGGGGGAAAGGGGCGG